CUCCAUUCCAGAAGCUGAUAUAAAUGUAAUAGAAGGUGAGAUCAUGUCAUUUACAAAGAGGCUUCUAGAAAUCACUAUUUCCUGGCCAAAAAUUGUGAGGCACUAUGUGUGACGAUGACGAAACCACUGCCCUCGUAUGUGACAAUGGUUCUGGGCUUUGCAAAGCUGGGUUUGCAGGAGAUGAUGCUCCAAGAGCUGUGUUUCCAUCCAUCGUUGGACGUCCUCGCCAUCAGGGUGUUAUGGUUGGAAUGGGUCAAAAAGACAGCUAUGUAGGCGAUGAAGCACAAAGUAAAAGAGGGAUCUUGACGCUGAAGUAUCCCAUUGAACAUGGAAUCAUCACUAACUGGGAUGACAUGGAAAAGAUUUGGCAUCACUCUUUCUACAAUGAACUCCGAGUUGCGCCAGAGGAACACCCCGUCCUGCUGACCGAGGCCCCCUUGAAUCCUAAGGCCAACCGUGAAAAAAUGACCCAGAUAAUGUUUGAGACGUUCAAUGUGCCAGCCAUGUAUGUAGCAAUUCAGGCAGUGCUGUCUCUGUACGCAUCUGGAAGAACGACCGGAAUAGUUUUGGAUUCCGGGGAUGGUGUCACACACAAUGUGCCUAUCUAUGAGGGCUACGCCUUGCCUCAUGCCAUCAUGAGACUUGAUCUGGCAGGCAGAGACCUGACUGACUAUCUCAUGAAAAUUCUUACAGAGAGAGGCUACUCUUUUGUCACCACUGCGGAACGGGAGAUUGUGAGAGACGUCAAGGAGAAGCUUUGUUACGUGGCUUUGGAUUUUGAAAACGAAAUGGCAACUGCUGCUUCCUCCUCCUCUCUUGAAAAGAGCUAUGAGCUUCCUGAUGGGCAAGUCAUCACCAUUGGAAAUGAACGGUUCCGAUGCCCAGAAACUCUCUUCCAGCCAUCAUUCAUAGGGAUGGAAUCUGCAGGCAUCCAUGAAACCACUUACAACAGUAUAAUGAAAUGUGAUAUUGACAUCCGUAAGGAUCUCUAUGCAAAUAAUGUCCUUUCUGGAGGAACCACGAUGUAUCCUGGGAUUGGCGAUCGCAUGCAGAAAGAGAUAACAGCUUUGGCUCCAAGUACAAUGAAGAUUAAGAUGAUUGCACCACCAGAACGUAAAUACUCUGUCUGGAUUGGGGGUUCAAUAUUGGCAUCACUGUCCACUUUUCAGCAAAUGUGGAUUAGUAAAGAUGAAUAUGAGGAAGCUGGCCCCUCUAUUGUCCACCGCAAGUGCUUUUGAGUACUUCCACCAUGUACUGUCAGUGACAAGUAGUGUUGUUUCUCUACGCAUCGCCUGCUCUCAUUCACCUCUGAGGAUGGUUUGACUUUCUUCCACAUGUUCAAAAACCACACUGUAUGGAUGUCAUACGAAUUAGCAAAUUAGUUCUAAUUUUGGAUGAUAAAAUGAGACUAACAUUUCAGUGAUGGGUCUUUUCUGAGAUUAAUAACAGUAGUUACACUAUAAAUUUUUAUAGACCUCCCUUCCCCCGUGUUUGGGAGUGUUGUGCUGCCCUCUGGGAGGUGAUGUGCAGUGCUGCUGUGUGUUAGUCUCUGCUGAUGGAUAGAAAGUCUGAAGUAUGCACAUAUGUGGUUCUUUCAAACUCAAACACAAUGCAAGAUUUAGGUAGCAGAGAAGGCUUGUUUUAUGCAGUUAAGUGGUACACAGGAUUCUUCUAAGGGGGGGGGUUAUUUUGCUGAGGACACAACAGAUUUAUCUGGGUAGUGAUGUGCCCAUGGGUGCCAGUUCUUCCAGUAGAGCUUGUAUGGAUGACUUUCCUUGGUGUCCUGCAACUCUUUAACUGGAGACCUUUCUCUCCUUGUGACCACUGCUCCCCAUCAGCAAGGAGCUUCAACAAGCUACUUCUGAACUUAAACGUUAUUGGUCGUAUUAUUGCUUUCUUUAUCUCUAUUCCUAAGCAGUUAACUCAUGUUUCCUUUGCUUUUGCUAUAUAUGUGCUAAACUAACGAUUACAGAGUAAAUAAUAACCUUUUGAAUGUGUUAUUAAAAUACUCUGGGCUUA